AGAGACGUUCUAGCGAGCCCAACCACUCCGCUUCUAACGAACAGGGAGUGUGAGCUUCUGCCUUAAAAGACGGGUUACUUGCUAUGGGCAGCUACGAGAAAGAGAACCAUUGAAUGGAAAGGAAAGAAAGAACCUGAGGAGAAACUUGUUCUGUCCUCAUCGGGUAUCACUCACCACCCUCUCAAACCAGCUCAGUCAUCGGCUGAGGCGUAAAGAGCCUACAUGAGUAGCUAUAUGGGACAGUAAAUAAAAGUCUUGGAUAUUGGUGGCGAAUAUUCUCUGAAAAACGAUGGCGUCGAAUGUCUCGUGUCGAACUAAAUCUGUGGCAUGCGAAAGAAGCGGGCACACGGCUGUGGUGUCAGAAAAUGUCUUAUUUGUUUGGGGAGGCUAUGUGGUAAGCAGAUACAGCUAACAGCCACCUGCAGCUCUAAACGCUUAAGAGACAUUGUACCCAAACAUUGGCGUUCGUCAAGAAUCCGUUAUUAUCUACAUGCUUUCGUGAAUUUUAAAAUGUGUUAAAAAGGCAUUUUUAGCCUGUAUUAAAGGCCCAGUACAGUGUUUUCCCUUCUUACUCAAAGUCUAAUGUGAUUAUCCGCAUGCUGUUCUUUUCAACUCAACUCAUGUUGUACAAGCAGCGCAUAAAUGACCUGUGAAGUUUUAGAUUAUUUGUACACUGCCCCCUAACCACCUUCUUGGAAUUACACUUAUUUGGCUUGCUGCAUACCACUAUUUGAUUACAACAAAUUAUAGUCUACCUUUUAUUGCAUAUUCAUAAAGUGUGAAAUCAACUCGCUCCAAGUCACUCUUCUUGACAGUAUGACCCAUGCUCGCUCUCCCCACUUAGAUCCCAGUAAUGAGAUCAAACGAAAAAAGGCUUAAAUUUCUUUGUGGGUCUAUAGUGAACUUUUUUUAAAUUCUUUGUGUGGUUUUGCCUGUGAACAUCUACAUCCACAACCUAGCACAAUUAACAGCAAACAAUAAACCAUGGGACAUUCAGUCAGUUGCUGAUCAUGAAGUUUUCCUACCAAAUGAUGAGAUAUGGCUGUAUGACUUGGAAAGCGGUUUAUGCAAGGGAAAAGUUUAACAUGGGUGGAGAAAUCCCUCCUUCCAUGUCAGGCUCUUGUGGCUGCAUUCUGAAUGGACACAUGUAUAUAUUUGGAGGAUGUGGAGAUACCGGUCAGACCAAUGAGCACUAUUCAGUGAAUCUCCAUGAUGACAAGUACUGCUGGAAAAAAAUAAGACAUCACUCAGGAUUACUUCCCACGCCACGAGAUAAGCUUUCCUGUUGGGUUUACAAAAGCAGCAUUAUUUAUUUCGGUGGAUAUGGUCACAAACUGCUGAGGGCAAUCGAUAACCCCAUGACCUUCAUUGUGGAUGAGGCAUCUUGGGUAGAAGACAUCUAUUGGGGGUGGAACAAUGAAGUUCAUGUGUUUGAUUCCAGAGCAAAAAGUUGGAAUAAACCAAAAACAUUUGGACAAGCCCCUGCACCAAGAGCUGCGCAUGCCAGUGCCACCAUAGGCAACAAAGGGUAUGUCUGUGGUGGGAGAAAAAUGGAGACAAGAACAAGUGACAUUCACUGUCUCGAUUUGGACUCAUGGACUUGGACUGAAAUUGUACCUACAACCGCAGUGCCUUUGGGGCGUUCAUGGCAUACUCUAACAGCGGUAUUGGACACCUCACUUUUUCUGUUUGGUGGACUUAGCGUGGACUCUAGACCCCUGAGUGAUGGUUGGAUGUUCGAUCUGAAGACAAAAGGAUGGACAGAGAUGAAACAUUCAAAUAUGGACAAACCCCGACUGUGGCACACAGCUUGCCUGGGAAGGGACUCUGAUGUUAUAGUGUUUGGAGGAAGUCAUGAUGAUAUCAUUUUGGUGGAUAGUGGACAUUCCAAUGACACUCUUGUUUUCCAGACCCAGCCUUACUCCUUUGUACGGUUAUGUGUCGACUUCAUUGCAAGCAAUGCAAAUAUGUUCCAGACCCAGUUGGCAUGUUUACCACCCAGGCUGAGACAGGCUGUGGAAAAAAGGAUGACCUUUUUUUAGCCAACGAGAAAUUCACAGAGAGUUUUGAGAACUAUGGAGUAAACUUCUAUGGAUAUAUACGCAUUGCCAUAUCAGCUGCUUAAUCCGUAUUUCUGUGUUCUUUACUAUAACAGAGCAAAAAGUAUUAGAAAACAUUUUAAUUGAUGCUAUAUUUCACUUAGUUUUUUUCUCUGUGAUGUGUAGAUUAAAUACACCUUUAUUAUGGAUUUCAGUACUGUUUCAUUUAACUUUUAAGUGUGUUCAGUAAGCACAGGAAUGUAACAUUCAUUUAUGAAUGUGAAUGCUGCUUUAUUCUGCUGAAGAAAUGCUGGAUUGUUAUUGAGCAUAGCAAAAGAAAUGGCAGCUUGGACGUGUGAAGUCAAAGAAAAAAGAGGAUAAAUAAAAAACUCUGUUCAAUAAACAUCCCUAAAUGUCAUACUGCCAGCUCUGUGGUAUAUGUCAAAUAUGUCAAUAUUUUAAUGACAUUCUUGUCUACAAAAAUGUCCAAUAAAUAUUGAUGAUUGA